AUGCACAUCAAUUAUCACUCUUUCACAUCGACCUCUCGAACCAAACUAAAACCUGACUCUAUAACAGGUAUUUCUAUCUUCGAUAAUGGCAUCCCUUCUGAAAUGGACAAAAGCCGCUGUCCGAAGAGCACCAUCUCCACCCCUACGCUUGCCAGCACUGGACUUGAUUUAAUCAGUGAUGCGCAAACCUUUGAAGAAGAACAAUUUGAUGGCUUCAAAAAAGGGUUAUAUUAUCCGGUUAAUAUUGGAGAUGUCUUUGUAUCAAAAUAUCAGGUCCUCGGAAAGCUUGGGUAUGGUGUAUCAUCUACCGUUUGGCUGGCUCGUGAUCUCCAAGCACAUAAGCACGUCACCCUCAAAGUUUAUAUCCGUGAUGGAGACCCACUAGAGGAAUUCAAAAUCUAUCAACAAUUAAGCAAAGGCAAUCAUUCGCAUCCUGGCUAUUCCCAUAUCAGAACUGCAUUGGAAACUUUCACAAUACCUCGCCCUGGUGGCGACCAUACUUGCCUCGUACAAAAGCCCAUGUGGGAAAGUUUCAGAGAUCUUAGACAUCGGAUUCCAGAUGGCCUUUUCACGGAGGUACUUCUCAAAGGCGCUCUCAAACAAUUAUUCCUGGCACUAGACUAUCUGCACACAGAGUGUAAACUCGUUCAUACAGAUAUCAAAGCCAACAAUAUACUUUCCCAGAUAGAAGAUGAAUCUAUCCUUGAUGCUUUCACGGCGGCGGAAAUGGAACAUCCUUCCCCACGAAAAUUUGUCAAUGGCGUAACAAUCUAUGCCUCGAGACAGCUGGAAGUUCCAAAAUUCUUCGGUGACUCUGUUCUGAGUGAUUUUGGUUCAGCAGUACAAGGUGACCUAAAAAGAAAUCAUAAUGCGGGACCCCAGAUUUACAGGGCGCCUGAAGUUAUGGUAAAAGCCGCUUGGAGUUAUCCUGUCGAUAUAUGGAAUGUAGGUGUUAUGAUAUGGGAUUUAUUUGAGGGCAAGCAUAUGUUCCAUGGCAACGAUCCAGAUGGAAAAGGCUACUCUACUCGCGCGCAUCUAGCAGAGGUUAUUGGGAUGCUAGGUCCCCCUCCGUUAAAUCUACUUGAGAAAGGAGUACGCGCUUCUGAAUUUUUUGAUAAAGAAGGCAAAUGGAUAGCUGAGGUACCUAUCCCGCAAGGCACAAAUCUGGAGAACUCCGAGAUGCGUCUUGAGGGCAAGAAGAAAGAAGUCUUUUUGCAAAUGAUGCGUGGGAUGUUUCAAUGGCGUCCUGAAGAUAGAAAAACGGCGAAACAGAUGCUCGAGGAGCCUUGGAUUAACAAAAUGAUUGAAUAGUCACCUACACACCAAGAAUGAAGGAGAAAUUCUUAGUUUUGAUACCGAACUAGCGAGGGAUUAACACUGCAUCCGUUCCUGUACAGUAAUCCCUCGGAAGGACUUUACAUGACCCUGUUGAUCAUGGGAGCUAUUAUGAGAUAUCUCCAUGUCUGAGAUCUCGUUUAAAUCUCCUUUUUACAACAGAUAUCGGCGACUCAUUAUUCCAUCACGGUAUCCAUAGUGUUGGGUCCUCAAUACCGAGAACUACUGAUGCAGUAAGAGAAAGGCUUAAGGCACAAGGCUUAACAACGGAAUGUCUACGAGAACAGACAUGAUUCUCGAUGUGAGACAGACGAGCUAAAGUUGAGCUAAUUGUUUGUAUCAUGAAGAUGAAGUGCGCCUGUCUCGACAUGAGAUAAUCUAGAUAAAAUGAAAUAAUCUAUCGGUAAGAGAUAACUCUAUGUAUCUUGGAAAUGGAACAUUUCUACAUAGCGUUCAAAAUAGAUCUUCAUCUCUCAAAAGCUUAUA